GUCAUGUCAGGCAGGAGGAAGUGGGAGGUGGGGCCGGAGCGCUAGCAGCCGCCCCUCAGCUGCAGGAGCCAGGCCGGCCGGCGGUGGACAGCGACCGGGCCCGGGAGCUGCAUCCGCACAGGUCCCGUCCACCUGUGCCUCUGAAGAUGGUGAGGAUCCUAGCCAAUGGAGACAUUGUACAAGAUGAUGACCCCCGAGCCAGGGCCAGCACCACCUUUCGGAACAUUACAUCUCGGCAGAACUUUUUCACCAGAGGAGAUGGCCAGCCUCAUGGGGGCCCGGCGCCAAAUAUCCAUCACCUGGGGCCCAGGCCGGGUGCCCAUCGCUCCCCAUUCUCUGACAUCAACCAGCAGCUGGUGAACCUGGGCUUCCCGCUGUGGCACCUGGGGGACCAGGUGGUGGAGCCUGUGAUGUCCAUCCUCCUGCUCUUCCUGGUCAUGAUGCUGGGAGUUCGGGGGCUGCUGCUGGUGGGCCUUGUCUACAUGGUGUCCCAGCUGAGCCUUCGAUGACCCUGGGGAGGGGCGGGGAGGGGAGCUCCUGGGAGAGGUGUGAGUGUGUGAGUGUGAGUGUGUGUGAGAAUAUGAGAGUGUGUGCGUGUGUGUGUGUGUGUGUGUUCCAGUGUCUGGAUAACUGAAUGAGGGGUGACUGGUGAGGGUUGGGCCCUUCCAUGAGGAAAAGGCCCAAGGAAACGGGUGCCCACUGCGUCCCCUCGUGCCCCUUGUCUGUCAGGAGAAGCCUUGUCCCAAGUGGGGCUGCUGACCCAGGAGGCUUUCAGCUUCUCAGACCCCAUCUCCUGUUUCACCCUUGUAGCUGGAAGACCACGUUAGAGAAGAUCCCCAAAUCCUCUUAGUUCCUCCAUUAGCCUUGACUUCAGCCAGGGAUGGAGGCUGGGUCCUCCAGGCCCUUCUUGCCAAACCUCCUCUGUGUCCCCAGGGAUUUUCCCUUUUUCCUUCCAUCUCCAGCAAUUCCCAGGAGGAGAUCCAGCCCCCAGAGAGUCAGGCCACUGAGCUUUGCUAACCGUGGCUGCAGGACGAGUUCUCCCCAAGCAGACCAAAGUCUGGAGGUGAUUUUUGACUUGGCAGGUCCCAGGCAGAAGAAGGGCCAUUGGGAAGGGACUAGAGGGAGUGGCUGACCCCUAAGGUUGAGCCACAGGACUUUAUAACUCUCCUUGAGUCUGAAAGGGAGGCGGCUUUAUUUAUUUAUUUUUUAAUUGUACGGCUCUUAUCCUGAAGUCUCUGGCUGGGCUGUGUACAGACCGAAUGGGACCUGGAUGGGAGUGGGGACCAUUUCUUCGUGUAUUAUAGGAGAGGGAAGGUGGCAGGUGUGCAAGAAGGACUCAGUCACUGCCUUGGGACCAAAUCCCGCCCUCUUUAAAGGCCUUUUUUCUAAGAUUUUUUGGGGGGAGAGGACAGGGGCAGGUCUAAAAGAGCUUCAGCUGAGCAGGCUCAGUCCUGGAGACCAGGCAGCUCUGGUAGAGUGUGUGUGAAUGGACACAAACCCAACCCUUUCUGGGGGGCCAGUUUCAUGGCCAGGGCUUCACUGGAACGUGGCUCGGAGAUGGGAAGUCUGGCCCUGAUGGGGGAGGGGCGGACCAUGGGGGACCCCAACUACUGGAGGGAUCACUGACGUUCCAGGGAUACUGGCGGGCUCUCUGUCGGAACAUGACUCCUUUCUCAAGGCAAGUCUCUGCGGUGUCUUAUUUGUGGGCUGGGAGGGGGACAGCUUGGUAUGGGACAGACUCCUGAUGGGCCUUCUCCCACCAAAUGGAGUCUCAUCUGGCUCAGAUGUUGUGUGUGCCGAGGAGUCUUUCAGCAGGAGAAAGUUAGGGGGUAGCCAGAAAUGGGAGGGGGCUGCUGCAUGAAAUGGUAUGGAAGUGGAACUCAGUAAACACAGGUGGAGCUGACCUUGAAUUAGAAAACUGGGGGUCUCCCCAUCUGAUGGGAACAAAGAUCCAAAACUGGGGUCUCCUCAUCUGAUGGGAACAGAAAUCCCAAAGGGGGGGGGGUCCUCAUCUGAUGGGAACAGAAAUCCAAAAUGUGGGUUUGGUUUGGGAGGAGAGAGAGAGGGAGGGUGGGAUUUCUUUUUUUUCCCAUCUCCCUCAGUCUCCACAUCCAGAUGGAAUCCCUGUGUCCCAGUGGUGAUCCUUUAAGGUUGUUUCUCUCUUGGAUGGAGUGGAUCAUUGAGGCUAGAUUUCCCUAUAGACCAGGGUCUUCCAGGGUGGGCUUGAGGUGUUAAUCCUGCCAUAUAAGGCCAGCUUUGGGAGGUUUCUGCUAAUCCUUUCACUAAUCCCCCUAAGUGGCUACAUUUCCAAGUCAGUUUGGAUUUGCAGCCUGAUGCUCUGGGUAUUGCCCUCCCCUUCCUCCAAGUGAGUCAUUAACUUUGAUUGACUUGGGGCUGGUAACCCCCGGCUGCCCCCCACCCUCCGGCUUUCAGCCUGCUGAUUGGCCCGCCCGUGGAAGAAGGAAUGACCUUUAUGAAUGGGAUAAUGGGAUCGCCACAGCCUGAGCUGGAAAUGACCUUAAGGUGACUCUGAAUGGAAGCUCUAGGAUUGAGUGACUUGCCCACACAGCUAGUGAGUGAGCUUGGAGGCUGAUCUGUCCUUCAGCACCCUCCUUCCAGACAGACAUCACCUGGAUGUCCCCUCUGACCUCCUCGCUCUUCAGGGGGAGGGAGAGAUCCCGUUUGGUAGCUGGGAAGACAGGUAGCAGGCAGGGAAGUGUCCAUCCAAAGUCAGAGCCCUGCACUUCAAUGCUUUCAUCAGUGACAGGCCAUGGUUUUCUUAGCUGUCACAGUGAGGAAAGAACCCCAAGUGGAGGAGUUGUUGAGGGUCAGGCCUGGAAAAACUUUACUUCUUUUUUUAUUUUAUUUUAUUUUUAUUUUAGCGAGAAGAAAAUCCAUUAACAAGUAUUUAUUAAACACCUACUAUGUGCCAGGGAAUUCAAUAGCAAAAGUCAAACUUUCCUUGUUAUUCAGUCACAUCUGACUCUUCGUGAUCCAUCUGG